CAGAAAUGGCGGAAAGAUUACUCGAUGUAGAGUUAUUUUUGUCUCCCAAAGCUCAUUAGGUGCGGAAGGGUGACUGAAAACACACCACGCGCCCCGUGUGUAUCCGUCUCGCGCCUGUGAGCUCAGGUUACCGCGAACACCGCUCUGCGUCUCAGCGCGUCCCACAAAAACACCCACUUUUGUGUUCUGGGGAGGGAAAACAGACUCCAUCGGACACUUCGAGGGACAGACUGCUUGAAAAUGUUGACCCUGUUGUCGGCUAUGUACUUGGUGGUGCGCACGGCUUCGGCGCAGGCCGAGCCGAUCCGAGUCCUGGUGACUGGCGCAGCGGGGCAGAUCGCAUAUUCUCUGCUGUACAGCAUUGCUAAAGGAGAUGUGUUCGGCAAGGACCAGCCAAUCAUCUUGGUGCUUCUGGAUAUCACUCCCAUGCUGCCCGUGCUGGAUGGGGUCGUCAUGGAGCUGCAGGAUUGUGCUCUUCCUCUUCUGAGGGAUGUGAUUCCUACUGAUAAGGUUGAGGUGGGCUUCAAAGAUCUUGACGCUGCCAUCUUGGUGGGGUCUAUGCCAAGAAAAGAGGGCAUGGAGAGGAAGGACCUACUAAAAGCCAACGUGGCCAUUUUUAAAACCCAAGGUGAAGCACUGGAGAAGUACGCCAAGAAGACAGUCAAGGUGCUUGUUGUCGGGAACCCAGCCAACACCAACUGUUUGAUCGCCUCCAAAUCUGCUCCCUCCAUUCCUAAGGAGAACUUCUCCUGCCUGACCCGUCUGGACCACAACAGGGCCCGCUCUCAGGUGGCGAUGCGUGUUGGUGUGUCAUCUGACAGUGUGAAGAAUGUGAUUAUCUGGGGAAAUCACUCCUCAACUCAGUACCCAGAUGUGCACCAUGCUACUGUGAACCACAAUGGGAAGGAGAUGGCAGCCUUUGACGCUGUGAAUGACGAAAGCUGGCUGAAGGGCGACUUCAUCUCCACGGUGCAGCUGAGAGGUGCAGCUGUUAUCAAGGCCAGGAAGCUCUCCAGCGCAAUGUCUGCUGCCAAAGCCAUCUGUGACCACAUGAGGGACAUCUGGUUCGGCACUCCUGAUGGCGAAUGGGUGUCUAUGGGCGUCUACUCCUCUGGUAAUUCCUAUGGAGUUGAUGAUGACCUCAUGUACUCCUUCCCUGUUAAGAUCAAGAACAAGACCUGGAAGGUGGUUGACGGACUCGCCAUCAACGAUUUCUCCCGCGGUAAGAUGGACGCCACCACCACUGAGCUGGUCGAUGAGAGAGACACGGCACUCACCUUCCUUGGAGCGUGACUCAAGACAACACAACAGCCGUUAGACCUUUCCAAGUCCCUAAAUCCCCGACUGUAACGUCCUGUAGAUGUCACAGCUGACCGUGUGUGUGUGUGGAUAUUCAUGUAUCUUAACAUGUGCGUGCGUGCGUGCGUGUGUGUUGCUUCACCAGAAACGUUUGCAAUGUAACUUACUCCGCUUGAAGUGUCCGGGGCAACACCUGAAGGAAAACCUUUUUCAAUUAGAACUGUUACGCACAUGGUUGUCCUGACCAAAAUAAUGAUCAUCUGUCAUGCAACAAUAAAAUGCCAUGUGGAAAAUAAA